CGUGACAGACACACAGCCUUAUGAAAUAAUCCAGGACAUUUGAGGCUUAUACACAAAGGACCGACUUACUGCAGGCGUUUUAUGCAUUUUUUUAUUCAUAUAUAUAUAUUUUUUUAGAAUUUUUAUAAAAAGUGCCUGCAAUAUUGCAGCUUGCUAGUAACCAGGGUGACAGAGUCCUGCCUCACAUCUUACAUUACAGGACAGAAAAUAGCUGCUUUGGAUAAGAGAUCGAGUUGUCAUUCGCAGUUUUCAUUUAUUUAUUUAAAUUUUUUUUUUUUGGGGGGGGGGGCUUGGGUGCAAACUAGGAACAGAUCCCAAAGGGGUGGACUCAUAAGGACAACCCCUCUCUAAAUGCCCUACUUAUACAUAUGGACAUCCCCCAAGGAGAUUGUCGUGUCUCUUGAUCCUUUUUAAAGAGGUAUUCCAGCCUUAAAGGGGUACUCCGCUGAAAAACAUUUUUUUUUUUAAAUCAACUGGUGCCAGAAAGUUAAACAGAUCAGUAAAUUACUUCUAUUUUAAAAUGUUAAUCCUUCCAGUACUUAUCAGCUGCUCUAUGCUCCACAGGAAGUUAUUUUCUUUAUGUCUGACUGCAGUGCUCUCUGCUGACACCUCUGUCCAUUUUAGGAACUGUCCCGGGUAUGAGCAAAACCCCAUAGUUUUACAACAGCUGGAGGCACCCUGGUUGGGAAACCCUACUAUGUGUUAUCUCCUAUGGACAGGAUUGCACCCGGCUAUGUUCAGCAGUCCCACAGCAAGUGAAUGGAGCGUUGGCUGAGCAUGCACACUGCUGUUCUGUUCACCAGGGAGACCAGAGACCCUCCAUUCUGAUGAUCGGUGUGGAUCCCAACAGUGGGAUACUUAUUAUUAACUUUCAUAUAGAUAGGACGUAAAUUAUAGUCCUGGAUAACCCAUUUUAACAUUUAUCAAGGUAUGGGGGCCCCCACCAAUUGCUACAAUGAGGACUGAGAAAGGGUUCUAUACAACUUCCCCCAAAGCAAAUACCGUAGGACUAAGCUUCCCUAAUCUAUCCUUUGGUGGAGGUCCCAAAAGUCAGCCCCACCAGUCUAUUCUCAGACUUUUAAAGAGGUACUCCGGCCCCAAGACAUCUUAUCCCCUAUCCAAAGGAAACGCUGGAGGCGCUCAGUC